GAGGAUUUCCUUGACAUGGAAAGAAAAAUCGAUGUCACCAAUAAAGCGGUUGCCGAAAUUCUUUCAAAAGCCACCGAGUAUCUCCAGCCGAAUCCAGCAUCCAGAGCUAAGCUGGGAAUGCUGAACACCGUGUCGAAGCUCCGAGGACAGGUGAAGACCACCGGGUACCCGCAGACGGAGGGCUUGCUGGGGGACUGCAUGCUGAAAUACGGGAAGGAGCUCGGGGAGGACUCCACCUUCGGGUGUGCACUGGUGGAAGCUGGAGAAGCCAUGAAGCAGAUGGCGGAGGUGAAGGAUUCUCUCGAUAUUAACGUAAAGCAGACCUUCAUUGAUCCUCUCCAGUUGUUACAAGACAAAGAUCUCAAAGAGAUUGGACACCACCUGAGAAAGCUGGAGGGCCGCCGACUGGAUUAUGAUUAUAAAAAGAAGCGGGUCGGUAAGAUACCAGACGAAGAGAUCAGACAAGCGGUAGAAAAAUUUGAAGAGUCAAAGGAGUUGGCUGAAAGAAGCAUGUUUAAUUUUUUAGAAAAUGAUGUAGAGCAAGUCAGCCAGUUGGCUGUGUUCAUCGAGGCUGCAUUAGACUAUCACAGACAGUCCACUGAGAUCCUGCAGGAUCUGCAGAACAAGCUACAGCAGCGCUCAAAUGCUGCAUCCAGCCUCCCCAAACGGGAAUACAAGCCAAGGCCCGUGAAAAGGAGCUCUAGUGAGUUCAACGGGGUUUUUGCCACCUCUGCAGCGAAGUCGACAGGUUCUAACGCCCCCGUGGACCAGCCCUGCUGUCGUGGCCUCUAUGACUUUGAGCCAGAAAACCAAGGAGAAUUAGGAUUUAAAGAAGGGGACAUCAUUACCUUAACCAAUCAGAUAGAUGAAAACUGGUAUGAAGGAACGAUCCGAGGGAAAUCUGGGUUCUUCCCCAUUACCUAUGUGGAAGUGGUCGUGCCUUUACCUCAGUAA